AAAACAAAAACAAAAGCAUAAUAGGUUUUACAGUCAUCACACUUUUGAGGGGUCGGCUCAAAACGUAUUCACAGUCAAAACCAAGCUGCUGCUCUGUUUCUGACAGUUUGGCGACGAGAAAAAGUGUCAGAAGAGAUAAAUAAUAGACAGGGUUUGCUUGCCUCUGAGGUGUUAACUUAGAACGUUCUAGUCUUUAUUCUUUUAGCUCCCGAGAGCUAAAAGAAUAAGCUUCUCAGGUGGUUUCACUUCCUUCACCUCCAGCAAAACAAUCCUCAGCUGGCUUUUCAAAAUCAAAUCAAAUCUCUUUGUGACAUGCCGUCGGUUGAUGGGUGUGAGAAAAAGAAAUGAGGAUGUUGCGAGCAAUGAGGACACAAGAAGCAGUCAACAUUCAGCUGUGCAAUACUGAGACGCCUACCUCCGCCAUGCCGCGCUCGUUCCUCGUCAAGACCAAACGGACGCAUCCCCUCAGCCCGCCCAGGAACCACUGCUCCAGACGGCAGGCUGAAACUAACGCCAAGCAUGGGAUUGGGCUUCCUGAAGAUGCUCCACAAACUUUAUCCCCAGAGAUCAGAAACCCUCUCACUGAUGGACUGGCAAACUGCUCCUACAGAACCCCAAAAGAUAAGCUCUGGCUUUCAGCCCCUGUGGAGAAGGAAGACCGUCCCACGCCUGUCGCUCCGUGGUCGCCUGACCGACAACAAUCCGACCGAGAGAGAGAACUGGAGAGGCUCGUCUUCUUGCUGCUCAACCACACGUCGCACACUGACCUCAAAUCACCGGUCAGGGAUUGUCCGCUCUGUGAAAAGUCUCUUUCAGAUGCCCUAAUGUCAGGGAGUCUGCGGGACCAAGUGUACAACACCCUCUCCAUCCCUUUGUCGAGAUCCCUGGCUGCUGCAGACAUUUCCCACGUGCCCUUUGGUUUCCGAGCAGUUGGCAGCUACAGCAGAGCAAAGGAGCGAAGCUUUGGCUGCAAAGUGUGUGGAAAAGUCUUCAAGCGCUCGUCCACCCUGUCCACUCACCUCCUCAUCCACUCCGACACGCGGCCUUACCCCUGCCAGUACUGCGGCAAGAGGUUUCACCAGAAGUCUGACAUGAAGAAACACACCUUCAUACACACAGGUGAGAGGGAGACGUGCGAUAUAGGUUUUCUGUUAAACUUGAGCGUGAAUCAUGACCGGCUCGCCUUAUUUCUGCUCCCUGCGCAGGAGAGAAACCACACGUGUGCAAGGUGUGCGGUAAAGGAUUCAGCCAGAGCUCCAACCUCAUCACCCACAGCCGAAAGCACAACAGCUACCGGCCUUUCAGCUGCUCCCGCUGUCAGCUCACCUUCCAGCGCAGGGUGGACCUACAGCGCCACCAAGAGACACAGUGCGGCUAUGGAGAAGUGUACAGCCAAAGCUGAGCACAUCAAGCUGAACAUUUUUUUUGUACAUAAUUUUGACAACCUGUGUAUAAUGUUUAAAUGAAUAGACAGUGUGUAAAUUUGUUUACAUGAAUAAAGAUCAAUGUGACUUAU